AUGGUGAAUCUGGAACUCAUGCACACAGAUAACAAGAUGAGUGGGGAUGUAGCAGAUUCUACAGAUGUUCGCAGUGCUCUCAGCCAGGUGGAGACAGGAAAUGAUCGAAACAGCCUAGAUUUCAACAGGCAGAUUAAAACUGAGGACCUCAGUGACUCCCUGCAACAGACCCUCUCACAUAGGCCAUGCCACCUGAGUCAAGGACCUGCCAUCAUGUCUGGAAACCAGAUGUCUGGGGUAAAUGUCAGCCCAUGUCAGGGAGCCCUGACAUUCUCAGAUGUAACUCCCCUCCAUCCCCUCCAGCAGCUUGUGCUGGUUCCCAGCCACCUACAGUCUGUAUCUCAGUUUCUGCUAUCACAGACUCAGCCUGGGCAGCAAGGUCUGCAGCCAAAUCUUCUCCCCUUUCCACAGCAGCAAAGCCCUCUCCUCCUCCCACAGACUGGACCCGGCCUGGCAUCCCAGGCAGUCGGACGCCCUGGGCUACCAGGAGCCUCUUUAGAACCCCACCUGGAAGUGUCCCAGCAUCUCCCAUUGCCUAAGCAUCUACCCAGCACUGGAGGGGCUGAUGAGCCCAGUGACCUGGAGGAGCUGGAGAAGUUUGCCAAGACCUUCAAGCAGAGGCGCAUUAAGCUGGGCUUCACACAGGGAGACGUGGGGCUGGCGAUGGGAAAGCUGUAUGGCAAUGACUUCAGCCAGACCACCAUCUCGCGAUUUGAAGCCCUCAAUCUGAGCUUCAAGAACAUGUGCAAGCUCAAGCCACUGCUGGAGAAGUGGCUGAGCGAUGCAGAAUCCUCUCCAUCAGACCCUUCAGUGAGCACCCCCAGCUCCUACCCCACCCUCAAUGAAGUAUUUGGUAGAAAGAGGAAGAAACGCACCAGCAUUGAGACCAACAUUCGCCUGACUCUGGAGAAGAGAUUUCAAGACAACCCCAAACCUAGCUCAGAGGAGAUAUCCAUGAUCGCAGAGCAGUUGUCCAUGGAGAAGGAGGUGGUAAGGGUCUGGUUCUGCAACCGACGCCAAAAGGAGAAGCGAAUCAACUGUCCUGUUGCCACAUCCAUUAAAUCACCCAUCUAUACUUCCCGCCUGGUCUCUCCCUCUGGGUCUCUGGGCCCCCUCUCCAUACCUCCUGUCCAUAGCGCCAUGCCUGGAACAGUAACAUCACCCUGUUCCCCUGGGAACAACAGCAGGCCUUCAUCGCCUAGCUCAGGACUUCAUGCAAGCAGCCCCACUGCAUCUCAAAAUAACUCCAAAGCAGCAGUGAACUCCUCCACUUUUAACUCCUCAGGAUCUUGGUACCGAUGGAAUCAUCCCACGUACCUCCACUGAGACCAGAAAGUUUCUCCUAUUCCACCUGGCCCUGUAUU